AUGGAGUUGGGGGGUGAAUUCAAGACGGGUACGGCGAAUAUGCGAAAGAAUCAUGGGUUCAGGACUCGGUUCGCAGUCCUUUCCGUGGGUGGUGACGCCUACAUAUCUUGGCCUCUAGGAGGGCAUGGCCGCUCUACCUGCGGCCCUAUCGCUUUGGGCAACGUGCUUAAUCGCAAGGACCCUUCAGGAGUGAUACACCAUGCGGAUACUGAAGAGGCGGAGAGCUCGGCGUUUUUCGUUACAUCCAUCGAGCAAAGUCUAGGCACUGUUGUGAAGCUUUGCAGUUGCAUUGUUCAAAAUACCGCUUUGCAGACGUCAGCUUGCAUAAUGUGCUUAUGA